CGUUUCUCGUCCUUCUUAGCAUCAUUGUGGGGGGCUGUCAAGUGUAACUAGCCAUGCCUAGACGCUUGCUGUGAAGUGCUGUAUCGUCACAAUCAUAUGAAGCCAUUAUGGGUGACGGGUAUAAAAACUUUCAACGCUUCGGAGAAUUAUUUGACAGCUCACUGCAUAUCUGGUUUACUUUUUGACUCAUCUAUCUGCCUCGAUUUUGCCAAAAAUUAUUUCUGGUUCAUAAGUUUGUUUGAAGGAGAAAAAUGGCGUUAUCUAAAACCCAAAGGUUGACCAUUGUCAUCUGCAUAUCGACGUCCUUCUUUCUGGCUGAGUUAUCAAGUAUGUUAACAAUGAAUAUCCAUCUCGGUUUCGACAGCGGAAGCUAAAUUGUGUGACUAUAGUUGGUUUCUAUACGAAAUCCCUUGCAUUGGUAGCGGAUGCCUUUCACUAUGUAUGUUCCUCCCGGCCAUCUAGCAAACUGUUUGCCCUUCAUUCGCCUAUGUUUGGUCUACUUCCUAUUCCGUACCUGUGGGACUUCAUCUAAAGGACCCAGCUCAAUGAUUUGAUCGGCUUCAUAGUCGCUUUGGCUGCCUUGAGAGUAAGUGAUCUGUUGACCAUCUUCUCGCUUCUGAACCGAAAUUGACGAUGUGCCGCAGGUAUCCCAACGCCCUGACUCUCCCGACUCCCUCUCGUUCGGUUGGCAACGCGCACAACUGCUGGGUGCUUUCUUUAACGGGUGCUUUUUGCUUGCUUUAGGCGUCAGCAUAGCAUUGCAAUCUAUCGAUCGCUUCGUAUAUUUAGAGAGUAUGAUUCUCCAAGCACUCGAAAUUUCAAAUCUAAAUACUUUCCAUAUAUAGAAGUCAAGAACCCUAAAUUAAUGUUCAUCAUCGGCUGCGCCGGGCUCACCCUGAACAUUAUUAGUGCGGUCUUCCUACACGGCAUGUGGACAUCCUAAAGAUGUAUAGGCCUCUGCUAACAUUUAUCAAGACCAUGAUCACCAUGGGCAUCACCACGGGCAUGAUCAUAAUCGUGGUGCAAGAUCCAUUCCUAGCACUGUUGACAUCGAACAAAUGAGCUCUGACACUCUAUGUGCCACCACGAUGUGUAUGUCCACUUCGGAUACCUCCAAGGAUAUCAAAGAAGACCUCCAUAAAGGUCAUCACCAUGAGAUUCAGCCAUCAAAAGACGAAAGAGAGCCUCGAGAUUUAGCCCAUCUUGCUGUGAUGCUGCAUGUUAUCAUGGAUGCAAUAAACAACAUAGGGGUAAUCAUAGCUGCUUUGGUUAUCUGGCGUACCAAAUAUGGGGGCAGAUUUUAUGCAGAUCCAGGAGUGAGCAUGGGUAUUUCAAUGAUGCUAAUUUUCUCCUCCUUUCCAAUAAGUAUGUGGUCCCCGCAACUUCAUCCUUUGUUUUCAAACCAUACUAUGCUAACCACCCGGAAAGUUAAAAAUGCCGGUGCAAUAAUGCUACAAUCGGCCCCAUCUAGCAUAAACCUCAAAACUAUCAAGCACGAUAUUCAAAAAAUUCCCGGCAUUUUAUCUAUCCACGAGCUACACAUAUGGAGUUUAUGCCAAAGGAAAACAGUCGCGUCGGCCCAUAUUGUUACGACUGAGACGGACAUCAAAGCAUUCAUGAAGCAAGCCAAGCUAAUUAGGGAAUGUUUGCACGCUUACGGUAUUCACAGUGUAACGCUACAGGCUGAAGCAUCAAGCGGAGUAAUCAUGACUGGAGCUGGUGCGGAUGAGAAAUGUCAGAUGGUUUGCGGAAGUCUUUGUCAGGAGUUGGCCUGCUGUUCAUGAAUGUAGCAGCAGGUUACACCAUCGAAGAUUCUUGUACCUAUGGAAGGUUUCCUCUUACCCCAGAUUGAAAUGAGGAUACAUACCAAUCUCUCGUUCUAGUAAUGAUAUGCCCUCAAUAUGUCCACAAUAUGUUCACACUCAAUGUAAAUUGAGUAAUAAAAGUUACGUCUUACCUUCACAUGUCAUA